AUGUGGUCUCAUACAAAUGGUGUCAUAUUGCUUGGAUUGUUUAGUGUGCUGGCUAGCGGAUGUGGAUCACGAAUAUCCAAUCUGAACGGUACCUGUAUUCGGUGCCUUUGCUACGUAGCUGGAUGUGACUUUACCAGGGGCUGUAGCGAGGGUUACUGCGGACCAUUCUACAUAUCAAGAGUCUACUGGGUAGACGCCGGUAAGCCGACGUUACCCGAUGAUGAUCCUAGUAGAAAGGAAGCGUUCGAAGACUGCGCACGAGAUUAUCACUGUUCAAUAAGAAUCAUAGAAGAUUAUAUGACUAAGUUCGGAAAGGACUGCAACGGUGAUGGAGUAACAAACUGCUACGACUUCAUGAUGAUCAACUACCACGGAGGCCGAGCCUGUUCAGCACCUCUGUUCCUGUCGGCGUCUGGUCGAAGAUGGCUGGCGCGUUACGAACAGUGUCGAUUCUGA